CAGUAGGAAACAAAACCCUGUGUUGGUGGUGGUGGCGAUGAGGAUGGAGAAGGAAAUGAUGAAUCACAAUGAAGAUGUCUUUAAUGGAAACCCUAGAUCUUUCCAGUUAGAUAGAAAAUCUUCAUUAGCUGCUAAACUUAAAUCGUCCAUCUCUGAUAAACUCAUCCAACUGAUUGGCGAUCAUAUCGAUGAUGUUCUUGCUGAGUAUAUCAUGGUUCUUGUUUGUAAUGGAAAGCACCAGCAUCAAGCCAGGGAUGAUUUGGAGGCGUUUCUCGGCGAAAAGAGUAGUGAAUUUGUGUCCUGGCUUUGGGAUGUUCUCUUGAGAGCUGUAGAACAAUCACGUGUAUUAACAAGUGACUUGUCGAGCUUAAAAGAUGUGGUGGUUAGAGCUGCUUAUAAUGAUGCUGUUGUAGAUAAGGAACAAAGGGAUUUCAGGUUAAAGAAACUUCACGAUCAUGAGAAUGGAAAUACUGAUUACGAGCUGUCCCACAGUGAAAAGUACCGGGUGAGCACCUCUUCACCUGCACCUGUUUCUUCUGGAGAUGGGAUAUAUGAAGUCUUCCAGCAUACAAAAUCUAAGUUUUGUCGUUCUUGGAGUGACAUAAUUAAGAAGGAAUUGAACAUAAAAUUGCAGAAGAGCGAAGUUCCAGGAGAUAUGGUAUCGGCUGAGGUUAAUCAUCGUGAUAUUGUGAAGCAUGAUUCUUCUAGAGUGGAAGUGUCUUCUGGAAAUUUAUCUGGUGGUGAGAAGAAUGUUAGAUAUGAGGGGCAGAGAAAGAUUGUCAAGAAUAGCCGUGGUGAGCUGUUCCCUCGACAUCAAUCUUCAGUGGAGAGAAAAUUUGGUUCUGCGAGUUCACAAUCUGUGAUGGCAGAAGGCCCUAAUUUAAGGCUCCAUCCUAUGUCUGAAGUUCCUGGGAAAAAGCAUUGGUUAUCAGAACAUAACUCCAGGCCACGAGGUAAUGUUUGGGACAGAUUAGGGAAGCCAAAUGACGAUAACACUGUUGGUAAACGCAAUGGGAUCGAUGUCCACGGUGCUGAAGUUACAAGGAAAGCAGUGGCACAUGAUGACAGAAACCCUAGUUCAAUGGUAAAAGAUUCCCCAGUUCAUAAUAACUCCGACGGUCUCAUCUCUGAGACUUGCUUUGAACGUAGACAUCUCUGUAACACAAAGGGUGCACCAAAUGAUGCAAAUAAUUCUGGUAGGAAGAGGCAGUUUGGUGAGACUGAUUAUUCCAAUGGCUCCAAGUGGUCGAAAACUGCUGUAUCUAAUAUGGCAUCUAAGUAUCCAGCUGUACCACCCGGCACAAGAGCUAAUUCAAUGUCUUUGGUAGCUGGGCCUGGCGCUAUUGUAAGUGGCGAGGAUGGAAAUACCAAUCUUAAGCCCGUGGAAACUGAUGUUAAGAUAAAAUUGCAUCCAGUUGAUGUGAGAGGGUCGGAGCUUUGUUCAGAGCAUGGUCAGAGGACAGUUGAUGGUCAUAUUACUUCUUUCUCAAAUGGUGGUGCCAUGAAUUUUCAGGGAGAAGGUGAUGACUCGAGAACUGUAUUUGUUACUAAUGUUCAUUUUGCCGCGACUGAUGAAGCCUUGGCUUCGCAUUUUUCCAAGUGUGGUGUGAUAUUCAAAGUAAUCAUACUCAGAGAUGCAAUAACUGGUCAACCGAAAGGCUCUGCUUAUAUUACCUUUGGCGAUGAAGAGUCUGUUGACAGGGCAGUGGCACGCAGUGGGAGCUCUUUUUGGUCUAGAACUUUACAGGUUAUGAGAAAGUCUGAAUUGGCGGGAGUGGUGAGGCCAACAACGCCACUACAAAUUGCUGGGAGACUAUCACAGUUAUCUUGGUUUCAGCAGCAGCAGUUUAAUAGCAACAAUGUCAACCUUCAGAGACCAUAUCCAGGUUCCCAUCAUCAGUGGCGACGUGAUCAGCAACCAGUAAAUGAAAAGAAUCUCCCUGUUUCUAACUCUACACAGCCAGCUUCAGGAUAUAUCGCCGAGCAUGAUUUUGUCGAUUCUGCAGAUACUGUCCAGAUGCAUACACGUUCCCUCACUUAUGUCAGAAACACCCAAACCCAGACCCUUGUAGCAGGAUCUGCUAUCUAAACUGCUGCAACAGCUUAAUAAGAAUCUGUUUAUCCUCCUCACAUUAGUUGUACACAGAUAGCCACCACUACCACUACUUACUGCCGACGUAGUUAUUGUUUUUAGAGAAACUACAUGAGGUUGCUUAUGAAUCAGUCUAAUUUUGCUACCUAUUGAAGAGUACUAUACAGUAGAACAUCCUGUCCCUCCCACAAUCAGUUAUUCGGCUUUACCUUAGAUGUUCCAUGAGAUCUUUACAACUGGGACAACUUGAUCUCUGAGAUACAAUGUAAAUAUUAAUAUUCUAUGGGCAAUGGUUGGAUAUGUCAGUAUAGGCAUUUCCCAUGUUACGUUGUUUGGGUGCCAAUUUUAAACUGAUAUCAGAAUUACAACAAACUUUUGCUUCUUGAUGCAUGUUUUCAUCA